AUCUUUUUUUCGGCUUCUCGUUAGAUCAAACCUCUGUUUCGAGUUGAGAAAGAGAGAGAAGCGUAGAGGUAGUAUUUGAGGAUGGCAUUAAAGAUGUUGGUUUGUAUGCAUAGAGGGUCACGGAACAUGAGCGUGGAGAAGUCUCAGGUGUGGCAACCCUGUAAUAAGAAGAGAUCGUGAAGUCUGUCAGGGAGGGGGAGGGGUUGGAACUAAGAAUUUUGAGGAAGGAAGGAAGAAAGGGAGAGUGGGGUGGGGAAGUGGAAGGUUUUGAGAGAGAGAGAGUAAAAGAUUUGAAGAUGACUUCUCGCGCUAGUGGUGGCGCCACCAGCGGCAGCCGAACGCGUGUUGGGAGGUAUGAAUUGGGUCGGACACUCGGAGAGGGCACGUUUGCGAAGGUGAAGUUCGCUAGAAAUGUGGAGACCGGAAAGAAUGUUGCCAUUAAGAUCCUCGACAAAGAGAAGGUUCUCAUGCAUAAGAUGAUCGGUCAGAUCAAACGUGAAAUCUCAACCAUGAAAUUGAUCAGACAUCCAAAUGUCAUUCGCAUGUAUGAGGUGAUGGCUAGCAAGACCAAGAUAUACAUUGUACUGGAAUUUGUGAAUGGUGGUGAACUGUUUGACAAAAUUGCUAGCAGUGAGAGGAUGAAGGAAGAUGAUGCAAGAAAGUACUUUCAGCAUCUUAUCAAUGCUGUGGAUUAUUGUCAUAGCAGAGGUGUUUUUCACAGGGACUUGAAGCCGGAGAAUCUGUUGCUGGAUGCAAGUGGAAAUCUCAAAGUAUCAGAUUUUGGAUUAAGUGCAUUACCUCAGCAAGUUCGGGAAGAUGGGUUACUUCACACAACAUGUGGGACACCAAAUUAUGUUGCUCCAGAGGUGAUCAACAAUAAAGGAUAUGAUGGAGCAAAGGCAGAUCUCUGGUCAUGUGGGGUCAUUCUUUUUGUCCUUAUGGCGGGUUAUUUGCCAUUUGAAGAUUCCAAUCUUGUAACACUGUAUAAAAAGAUCUAUAAGGCUGAAUUUACUUGUCCUUCAUGGUUCUCCACAAGUGCAAAAAAACUUAUCAAAAGGAUCCUCGACCCAAAUCCUGUAACGAGAAUAACAAUUUCUGAGGUGAUAGAGAGCCAAUGGUUUAAGAAAGGAUACAAGCCACCUGUUUUUGAAUCACCAGAUGUUAGCCUUGAUGAUGUGGAUGCUGCUUUCAAUGAAUUUGGGGUUCAGGAUUCUGGGAAUCUUGUUGUGGAGAGGCGAGAAGAAAAGCCAGUCACAAUGAACGCUUUUGAGCUCAUUUCAACAUCUCAGGGUCUCAAUCUCGGUACUCUAUUUGAAAAGCAGAUGCAGCUUGUUAAAAGGGAAACGCGAUUUACAUCUAAAUGCCCUGCCAAUGAGAUUAUAUCAAAAAUUGAGGAAGCUGCCACACCCUUGGGUUUUGAAGUGAAGAAGAAAAACUACAAGAUGAAGCUUCAGGGAUCAAAAACUGGACGGAAAGGCCAGUUGUCCAUUGCAACAGAGAUUUUUGAGGUUGCCCCCUCCUUACAUAUGGUUGAACUUCGCAAGUCUGGAGGAGAUACCCUGGAGUUUCACAAUUUUUACAAUAACAUAACAACUGGUUUGAAAGAUAUCGUGUGGAAAGCAGGAGAGGAAGUGAAGUCAUAAUUUUGAUGGUCAGUAAGCAGGAACAAUUGGAAGUAUAGAACAAGAAAACAUGUAUAUUUUAUUUUGGGCAAAUGGUGGAUGUAGAAGAGUCCUUUUUCCCAAGAGGAUUGUGGGUAUGGACUAUUGCAAAUGUGCAGAUGUCUGGCCCCAUCCUAGGAACAUGAAUGAUGAACCUAAUGGGUUCACUAUGACUGUAUCUUCUUAUUAGGCUUAUUUCCAUUGAUGUCUACUGUAGGAGAUGAUAUAUAACCUAAGCUGAAUGAACACUCAAGGCCUAUCUUGGAGAGCAACUUUAAACAA